UGGGGGAGCCGCUUUAGGGCGGGUCGCUAUAAAAUCAUAAAGCAAAGAGGCAGUUUGUAACAAACGCGAUUAUCUGACCGAAUAAUGUGUGCCAUAAAUCAACCGAAUGAUCGAAAACAAGCCUGUGGUGACAGUUUUGUGCCGCCCGCCGGCGGCGUGUGUAAAAAAAAUGCAACGCCACUGAUGAUUUGAGUUCUGUUUUCCAUUAACGAACAAAAACCGCGGAUCAGUGCCGAUAGUGAUAUUCCUAUAUUUACGUAUUAAAUUUACAAAACAAAUCGAUUAAGCUGAGACGAACGAACGUGAUGUGUCUUCUUUUGUGAGUCUACUAGAGAGAGAGAGAGUGACGUUUAAAUUAGUGAGAGAAUCAGAAAAUUAAAGCGAAAUGGCACUAAAAGUGACGCGAAAGUGCUUACUGUACUCGGUGCUCGGGGCAGUAGUGGUUGCGGUGAUCGUUGGCGUUACCCUGUUCCUGGUGCUUCGGGACGACGAGGACAUCAUGAAGAGCUACAGCUUCAGCAGCAGCGGUGUCGAGGUGCGGUUAGAGGAACAACCGGAUCAUCGAUAUGUGCUGAAUUUGGUGAGAGGUGGCGUUUCCAUUCAGCGAGUGACCCUGGAUUACGACUUCACCGAUGAUUCAGAGAUCGAAACCAUUCCGAAGGGUUUACGGUUGGAAGGUGGUGGUCAGCGGUUAGAGAUCAAGGACAUCGAGGAUUCGCAAAACUUUUCGUUCCUCAGCGUAACUCGGACGCUUCAGAAGGGACAAAUCAUAUCCGAUGUGAUCCAUACCAAUGAAAAGGUCAACGGAAAGGAUGUGAACUGGUACGGUGGACCAGAACAGAUGGAGCAGUACUAUCCGAUUCAGCAUCUGCGUUUCGAUGAUUAUGCCUAUGUUCCGAAGGAGUUGCACAGUGCUGCCAUCGUUGAGCGUUAUUGGUUGAGUUCCCAGGGUGUGUUCUUCUACGUAGAGAAGGAGGUCCCACUGUUCAUCGAUCAAGAUGAGCAAAGCCUACGCCUGACGGCUAAGAAAGAGCUACCGUACUACACCUACGAUGAAUCUUUCGAGUUCAACUAUCGCAUCGGCAUUGCCAAAGACGCUAAGGAGGCACACAUGAAAGCCGUAGAGAGGAUCCUGAACAAACCGGUGGGCAUUCCUGAUGAACGUAUGGUACGCCAUCCGAUCUGGUCAACGUGGGUACGCUACGGACGACCCAUCAAUCACCAGACCAUACUAGACUUCGCCAAAGAAAUCAACGACUACGGUUUCAAGAACGCCCAACUGGACAUUGACGAUUUCUGGGAAACGUGCUACGGUUCGCUGAUCUUCAACUCGAUCACGUUCCCUAAUGUUACGGAACUGACCGAACAGCUGAAGGAAAUGGGUUUCCGAACAACUAUGUGGAUUCACCCGUUUAUCAACAAAAACUGCCAGCCCUGGUACACCGAAGCGCAGUCUAGAGGAUUCCUAGUGCAAUCGCACAAUGAAACCAUCGGAUACAACACCAAGUGGUGGAACAGCGGGGAGAACGAGGCUUCGUACAUCAACUUCAACAAUCCGGCAGCAGUGGAUUGGUACCGACGACGUUUGCAGGAGCUACGGGACGAGGGUAUCGACAGCUUCAAGUUCGACGCCGGCGAAACCAGCUGGGCACCGCUAGAUCCGAUCGUGGAGGGUCCAAAAGCUCUCCUCCCCUCUAGUAUGACCACCAACUUUGUUCGUAUGUGCGCCGAGUUUGGACCGAUGAUUGAGAUCCGAACCGGCUGGACGACGCAGGAUUUACCGGUGUUCGUACGAAUGCUGGAUCUGGACACCCGGUGGGGUAUGAACAACGGGCUGCAGUCGUUAAUUCCGACGCUCAUUCAAAUGAACAUGAAUGGCUAUCCGUUCGUGCUGCCGGAUAUGAUCGGUGGAAAUGUUUAUGGUGAUGACAUUCUGACCAAGGAACUGUUCCUGAGGUGGUUGCAGGCUAAUACUUUCAUGCCCAGCAUGCAGUUUUCCAAGACGCCGUGGGAUAUUGAUAACGAGAGUGUGGAAAUCACCAAGAAAUUUGUAGAUCUUCAUGAAACCUACUCCGACUACAUCCUGCAACGGAUGCGACUAGCAGUUGCCGAAGGUACUCCCGUUAAUCCGCCGAUCUGGUGGUUGGACCCCGAAGACGAUGUGGCCCAGAGAAUUCCCGACGAGUACCUUCUCGGCGAGGACAUCCUGGUGGCGCCGGUGAUAACCGAGUUUGCCAAAUCACGGGACGUGUACCUUCCCAAGGGUACGUGGCGUGAUGGCAACAACAACCAGGUAUACGAGGGACCGCGUUGGCUGAACAACUACCAGGCCCCGAUGGACACGUUGCCCUACUUUAUCAAGACUUCAUUCCAAAUGAGGUAGAUUCGCGUAAUGGGGGACCAUUUUUUCCAGUGUUAAUAAUUCAAUUAAAAAAAAAGUGAUACAGAGUGGCACCAAAUUGUAGUAUUGAUUCGUUGUAAAUAUGCAUGUAGUUAGAAAAAUUUCAAUAACAUUCGGAGGAUAAACAAUUUUUAAAAGGCUUUCGGGUUGUAAAUAAAGUCAAAGAUCACCUACCUUAGUUG